GUGAGAGAGGUAGGCAGCCGGGGAUGAAUAAACACAUGCACGGGCAGAGAUGUGAAGAGGGAGCUCACACACACCUCUCCUGAUUCAGCGGAACAGAUUUGGUCGUCACCUCUCCCUGCAGCCUCACGCAAGCGAGCCUGAUGCAAAACACAAGGCAAUCCCAAACCCAGCAGCACCGGUCCCGUUCGUCACCCCGCUGUCUGGCUGCAUAGAUUAACAGCUUGUGUUACAACUCCGUCUGCGUGCUCACUGGUGUCCACUGCAGUUGAGAGACACGGAAGAGGGGACUGUCUGAGAAGCCACCAGAGAGACAAGCGGCGCAUGUGAAUGAUGGGAAAACUAAAAAGCGAGGGCUGCAUUGAGGAUGGGCCAGUGGUGAAGCUGCGGGACAAAUAAAUAAACCAAAAUAAAAGAUCUGUUUCUGCGUCUAUACCUUAGGACCCCCUGCAGGGAGAUGAUUAUCAUUAUGGGAUAGAUGCACAGGUCUGCUCGUUGCCAUGGAUACCAGCACGCGAAAAUUCACAGUGCGGAGAUGGUUUUCUAUUUACCUGAAGAACAAGGCAGCAAGGAACAAAAACACCGCUGGGUUCUGUCAGGUAGAGGAUGACAGUGUACUCAAGGAGUUUGACAUCAGUCACCACGUUAAGGAGGGCUGUGAAAAAGCAGACCCUUCUCAGUUUCAGCUGCUCAAGGUGCUGGGACAGGGAUCCUAUGGAAAGGUGUUUCUGGUUAGAAAAAUAAGAGGAGUGGACAGAGGACAGCUAUAUGCCAUGAAGGUCCUGAAGAAAGCCACACUAAAAGUUCGGGAUCGUGUGCGAUCGAAGAUGGAAAGAGAUAUACUGGCAGAAGUGAACCACCCAUUUAUAGUUAAACUCCACUAUGCCUUCCAGACAGAAGGGAAGCUCUAUCUGAUCCUGGACUUCCUCCGAGGGGGAGACCUUUUCACUCGUCUGUCAAAGGAGGUAAUGUUUACAGAAGAGGAUGUGAAGUUUUACCUUGCAGAGUUGGCUUUGGCCUUGGACCAUCUACACAGUCUGGGGAUCAUCUACAGGGACCUCAAGCCGGAAAACAUUCUUCUGGAUGAAGAAGGACAUAUUAAGAUUACAGACUUUGGAUUGAGUAAAGAAGCUAUUGACCAUGAUAAAAGGGCUUAUUCCUUCUGUGGAACAAUAGAGUACAUGGCUCCGGAGGUUGUAAACAGGAGAGGACAUACACAAAGUGCUGAUUGGUGGUCAUUUGGGGUACUUAUGUUUGAAAUGUUGACGGGAUCAUUACCCUUUCAAGGAAAAGAUCGGAAAGAAACAAUGGCACUUAUUCUAAAGGCUAAGCUGGGAAUGCCACAGUUCCUCAGUCCUGAAGUGCAGAGUUUAUUAAGAGCACUUUUCAAGAGGAAUCCUGCUAAUCGACUUGGUGCAGGGCCAGAUGGAGUAGAAGAAAUAAAAAGGCAUCGCUUCUUUGCAUCAAUAGACUGGAACAAGCUGUACAGGAAGGAGGUGAGGCCUCCCUUCAAACCAACCGUUGGCAGGCCUGAAGACACUUUCCAUUUUGACCCCGAGUUCACCUCCAGAACACCAACUGAUUCUCCAGGCAUCCCUCCCAGCGCGAACACACACCAGUUGUUUCGUGGUUUUAGCUUCGUUGCAACUAAUCAAAAUCAGGAGUCCAGUGUUGCUACAGUAGCACCUACUCCUCAAGAGCUGAACAUCAACCCCAUUGCACAGCAUCUCUGUGGUGAUCUGGCCUUCGGUGACGUUUAUGAGCUAAAGGAAGAAAUCGGACACACGGGAACUUCUGUCUGCAAAAGAUGUCUGCACAGAAUUACUUCAGUGGAGUAUUCUGUGAAGAUUAUUGACAGAGCAAGGAGAGAUCCAGCAGAAGAGAUUGAGAUUCUGUUAAGAUAUGGACAGCAUCCAAAUAUUAUUACCCUGAAAGAUGUGUUUGAUGAUGGCCAGUGUGUGUAUCUGGUUCAGGAAUUACUAAGAGGGGACGAGUUGCUGGACAGAGCUCUGAUGUGCCCAAAUUUUACUGAAAGAGAUGCAUCAGACAUCAUCUGCACUCUAACCAAAACUGUAGAAUAUCUACACUCACAGGGGGUUGUGCAUCGAGACUUGAAGCCCAGUAACAUCCGCUAUGCAGAUGACAGUGGACUCCCAGAAUGCAUCAGGAUAUGUGAUUUUGGUUUUGCCAAACAGCUCAGAGCUGAAAAUGGUUUGCUGAUGACUCCCUGUUACACAGCUACAUUCAUGGCUCCUGAGAUUUUGAGGAAACAGGGUUACGAUGCAGCCUGUGAUAUCUGGAGCCUGGGGAUCCUGCUCUACACUAUGAUAGCUGGUUUCAGCCCAUUUGCCAGCAGUCCCGAGGACACAGCAGAGGAGAUUCUGGCUCAGAUCGGCUGUGGGAAAUUCAUUAUCACAGGAGGGAACUGGGAUCUGGUGUCAGACGCAGCUAAGGAUAUUGUGGUUAAGAUGCUCCAUGUGGAUCCUCACCAGCGUCUGACUGCCCCACAGGUUCUCCGUCACCCCUGGAUUGUCGAGAAAGACCAGCUCUCUGACAAAAGCCUCUCCAGACAAGACGCACUCAUCGUCAAGGGGGCGCUGUCCGCCACCUACACUGCUCUGAGGCGCUGCGCUCCUGCUCCUGUCCUGGAGCCUGUUCAGUCUUCUGGCCUGGCUCAGCGUCGAGGGAUGAAGAAAAUGGGGAGUACGAAAGUAAUUUCAGAUCCUAAAGAAAAGGAAUAG